AUCGAAAAGCAAAUGAGUGACUUGGAAGAGACGGCGAACCAGUUGCUAGGCAUGGUUCCCGUUGCAGAGGACAGGGAUGAUGAAGAGGAAUGGCUGGACUUCCGGGUCGACUGUGAGCGGUUGAUUAGGGAGCGGGCUGAACUUGUAGGAGAGCAGCAUGAAAUUGAAAUUGAGGAGGAAGCGAGAGGAGAAGAGUUUCGGCGGCUGGAGUUGAGGAAUCUGCGAUUGGCAGACGAACUUGCAAUGAUCAAAGCAAAGCUGGCAUAUGCCGAAGAAAAACUGGGUGUGGAUUCCACAGCGGUUCCGGCUGGAGCUCGUUCUCAGGGUACUGCCUUAGGCCUGUUACCAUACAUGGCUAUGGUUUAUGUGUCGUUUUGCUGGGUAUUUGCAGGUCUAUUGAUUUUUCAUCAUAUCCAUGACUUUGGUAAGCGCGAGGAUGAGUACACAUUUGUUGAUGCAUUUUAUUUGACUUCCUAUACGGCAUCCACGGUUGGUUAUGGGGACAUUCCUCCUAGAGAGGCUCCUGCUCUUAUUAUCUCUGAUGUGGUAGGUAUAUUUGGUAGUUUUGUAUCGAUUAUCCUCUGCCAUUUUGUGAGUCGGCUAGCCAUUUGGUUGGAUCAGAGGUUUUUACCACAGGAGAGCCACCGUGUGAGAUUCUUCUAUCAGGUCCUUUCAUCUAUUGGCACGAUUGUGAUAGUUAUAUCUUCAGGGAUAGCAGGCCUUUAUAUUUUUGAGAGGGAGCGGCUAGCUCAUGAUUUACCUGAUCAUUCAUCCUCACGGAUCUUUCUCGACAUACUUCACCUGACAGUUAUGACUACGACUACCGUUGGAUAUGGAGAUUUGGCCUUUGCUACUGCAGGUGGGAGAUUAUUCGCCACAUUGUGGAUUCCUUUCUCUACUACCUUCUAUUCAGUCGCGAUCACAUUCCUGGUCCAGGCUAUUCUGAGCGCUAUGUCACGUCGAUCUUUUGGAGGACACAUCCGUGCAUGGAGCAGCUAGAGCUGGGGAUGGAGGACCAGGAUUCGUCAUUUCUAGAUAUAUUUUCCAUAUUUGGAUGACGAUAUUAGUAUUUCUUCUUGGAUAGAUACAAUAUUAGUAGUAUUUCUAGAUAUAUAGUGCCCCACAUGCCAUGGAUGAUGCAUAACCUUUGAGAGGUUUAUUACAUAUAUUCAGGCACAGAACUAGGGUGGGAUUGAGUAGUCCUACAGCCGACCCGUUUAUUUUUUGUUAUUUUUUUGAGAAGGAAAAAAAAUUUCUAAUCUAAAGAGCGUCUGGAAUGCACCAAAAUUAAAAUUAAUUGCCCAGUAUCAUUUGGUCAUGUGACAUAAGUUUCUCCUUUUUAAGUGGGAGGUCGUGAGUUCAGCUUACAAUAGGCUAGUUGUUAUAUCUGAGUUGUUGAUUUGAUAAAAAAUAAAAUAAAUAAAAAAUUACUCUCUUCUAAAGGAGGGUUUUUUUCUUAUGAGUAGUGAUGUGCCGUUCUGCUCUCACCUCAGUCCGCUUUAUUAUGGGUCUACCCUCGCUUUAUGUCAUGGCGCUGGAUCUUUAGUUCGCGGAGGGUUGGGGGUGUCGUAACAGCGCGUCUUUUAUCCGGGAACAAUUAGGAGGGGGGGGGGGGGGGGGGGGGGUUGGUUUUGUUUAGUGGAUACGGUCUUUGAUAUAUUCUUUAUUGGUUGGAUGAAUAGGACCCUGUCCUUUGUUCACAGAAGAGGAAAAGCUGAUGCUGCAUAGGCAAAAACCUGAUAUGGCUUCUGCCACCUCUGUAAGUGUCGCAUCUGUUAUGAUCAUUAAUAGGUGACUUUUGGGCUUUCAUUUUUGUCUUCAGAAAAUUGUCCCGUGUGAUGGUGAGUCUGUAAAGGUGGCUGAUGCAUACUGUCUUCCUGGAUUGAGAUUUUUAUAUAAAAAGAUGUUUUGAACUGCAGCUUCUGUUGUUGCAGUGCUAUCACAAUCUGCAGGGACGCUAAUAUCUCCUAACAUAAACAUACUUUUUAAUUUCUAAUUUGAUGAACUCUUUCCAGAGUAAAUGGUUGCCCCUUCACACUCUUGCCGUAUCAGGAGAAUAUUACAUUAUGCACGCUUUAUCAAAACAUGAAGCUGAUAUUAAUGCUGCGGAUAAGGAUGAUUGGACUGUUCUUGACAAGGCAAUUAUCCGUAAAAACCAGGCCAUUACAGACUAUCUUCUCAGAGAUUCGGCUAAUCCAUUUGUUCGUGAUAAAGGGGUUGGAAGUUUAUGUAUGUAUAUAUAUUGAUCCAGGUCGGUGUUGUGGUAGCUCUUUGCUCUAAAAGAAGUUUUAUGUUGGAUACAUGAUGGCACUGCCUCAAUGCAGUAUGCUGUCCGGACAGCUUGAAGUCAAGUAACUGAGGUUCUUUUGUUAUACAACGGUGAUAUAAACCUUCAGGACAAUGUAUGGAUUAAACUAUUGCGAAAAGUGAAAGCACUCUCUAAUGCAAUAUUAAUGGGUCAUAACUAAAUAGAGCUCUUCUUUUCACUUUAUAUGAUGGGUGGAUGCCCUUGCAUCUAGCUGUUCAAAAAUUCGUCCACAAUUCUUUUAAGCCUUUGUCACUUGAUCCAGGCUAAUGCACACAUACUUGAUAUUGCUCUUUGAACAACAUGUUUGAUGGAUUUGCUUCUUCACAUUGUUACUUUCUGUUCUUAAAUUUCAGAGUCGGGUGCAUCUCCUAAAGUGGAGAAAAGCUUUCUUCGUUUAUGAUAAAGCAAAUAUCAGUGACGGAUAUGCUUGUGCAUUUGUUGACGUGGAAUUGCAGGCCAGGAGUUUUAGCUUUGGCAUGUCGACACCAGAUAUUGCAGGAAUAUUUUAUGUAGUGUGUGGGUAGGGGAUUUAAAGGUUCCAAGGGAUUUCAAGGUGAUGGGAUUAUAAGGUGAUGGGAUCCUAAAAUGAAGGAAUAUAAGUGGUGAAUUGUUUAAAUGAAUUGUUUGGAUAAUUUUUUUGUAAGUGAAGGGAUUUCAUUAUGAGAUUUUGUAAACAUAUUUAUUUUUUUACAAGAUUAAUCUUUUUUUAUACUUUA